AUGGUAAAACAUAAAUCUCAUAAAAAUGCUGAACGAUAUAUGAUGGAAUAUAGAAUGCGUACAUCUUAUGCAAUACCUACACAAAUCAAUCAAUUUAAUUCCGACAAACAAAAUACUCGUUCUCCACGACUAAAUGCUGCCCAUGACCGAAGCCAUGCAAAACAUAGUUCAACACAAGCAUUUUAUCAUUCAGAAGGACGUAUUGAUAAAAAUAAACGAGCGAAAAAGCCUACUCAACAACAACAACAACAACAACAACAACAACAACAACAAAUUCAACCUCAAACGACUAAUACUAAUCAGGGAAAGGUACCAAUAACAACGAAAAAAAGUUCUUGUUGCACAAUACUAUAA